AUGGCUGUCGAAGACUCCCCCAAGAACCUCAGCAACCCCCCGGUGACCACCACCCAGAUCACCAGCGGCGCUGACGAGUCCGAGCUGGUGAACCAGGGACUGCAGAACAUCGAGGCGCAAAAGGUGCACUGGUGGAGCUACUUCACCACCGUCGACUUCUGGAUCGUCCUCCUCAUCGGCCAGGUCCUCGCUCUGUGCAUUACCUCAACAAACACCUUUUCGCAACUGCUCUCCACAAACGGCGUCUCCAUCCCGGCUUUCCAGACCGUCUUCAACUACAUCCUCCUCUUCCUCAUCUACUUCCCCAUCACCAUCUGGCACUAUGGGUUCAAGAAGUGGGCCAAGAUCGUGCUGAAGGACGGCUGGAAGUACUUCAUCCUCUCCUUCCUCGACGUCGAGGGCAACUACUUCACCGUUCUUGCCUACCGCUACACCAACCUUCUCUCUGCCCAGCUCCUCAACUUUUGGGCCAUCGUGAUUGUCAUGAUCAUCUCCUUCACCCUCUUGAAGGUUCGUUACAAGAUCUUCCAGAUCCUCGGCAUUGUCGUUGCCAUUGGUGGUUGCGGCGUCCUGCUGGCUUCCGACCACAUCACCGGCUCCAACGGUGGCCCCGGUGUAGACUUGUUGAAGGGCGAUCUCUUCGCUUUGCUGGGUGCGACUCUGUACGGUAUCACCAACGUCACUGAGGAGUGGUUCGUCAGCAAGCGUCCCGUCUACGAGGUGCUCUCUUUCAUGGGGAUGUGGGGAAUGUGCAUCAACGGAGUGCAGGCCGCCAUCUUCGACCGCCAGUCCUUCCGCGAAGCCACGUGGAACGGCGCCGCCGCCGGCUACCUCGUCGGCUACACCUUGGCUCUCUGCCUGUUCUACAGCUUGGUCCCGGUCCUUCUCCGCAUGGCCAGCGCCGCCUUCUACAAUAUCUCGCUGUUGACCGGCAACUUCUGGGGCAUAAUCAUCGGCGUCAACGUUUUCGGCUACGCCAUCCACUGGAUGUACCCCAUCGCCUUCGUCCUCAUCAUCCUCGGCCAGGUCGCCUACUUCCUCGCCGGCAGCAUGUUGGGCGACUCGAAGAAGCCCUGGUUGGGCGACAACCAGGAGGAAGGCGUGGCUGGUCUGGGUACCGCGAAGCUCAAGGCCAUCAACGACGCGCGUAAGCGACAGAUGGCUGCUUCCGAGGGGCAAUACGCCUGA